GAGAGAGAGAGAGAGAGAAUCUCAAAGCAAUUCAUUAAAGCUGGCAAGAGGAAUGGGGCCUGGAGCUCCAUUAUCAAAGAUUGCAGUUUCAAAGGCUCAUGGAGAGGAUUCGCCAUACUUUGCUGGCUGGAAAGCUUAUGAUGAAGACCCUUAUGAUGCUGUGAGCAAUUCCGCAGGUGUCAUUCAGAUGGGAUUGGCUGAGAAUCAAGUCUCAUUUGAUUUGCUAGAGGAUUACCUGGAACACCACCCUGAGACAUCUAGCUGGGGCUCUGGAAUCACUAGCUUCAAAGAAAAUGCUUUGUUCCAGGACUAUCAUGGCCUCCAAAGCUUCAGAAAGGCAAUGGCAAGCUUCAUGGAACAAAUAAGAGGCAAGCGUGUCAAAUUUGACCCGGAUAGAAUGGUUCUCACAGCCGGUGCAACCGCCGCCAAUGAGCUAUUGACCUUUAUCUUAGCCGACCCUGGCGACGUCUUCCUUGUACCCACCCCUUACUAUCCAGGGUUCGACCGAGACCUCCAAUGGAGAACCGGAGUGAAAAUCCUCCCGGUCCAUUGUCACAGCUCCAACGGCUUCCAACUCACGCUUGCCUCCCUUCAAUCCGCUUAUUCCAAUGCCGAAGCAUCAAACUUUCGUGUCAAAGGUCUCCUUAUCACCAACCCUUCCAACCCAUUAGGCACCGCCAUGUCACGCUCUCUCCUUGAAGAAAUACUCGACUUCAUAGAAGAAAAAAACAUCCAUUUAAUCUCUGACGAAAUCUACUCCGGCUCAGUAUUCUCCUAUCCAGAAUUCAUAAGCGUUGCUGAACUCGUUGAAACCCGCCGACACAAAACCUGUGAAGGAAUCCAUAUCGUGUACAGCUUAUCAAAAGACCUUGGCCUACCUGGCUUUAGAGUAGGAACCAUCUACUCUUACAAUAACAGAGUGGUGACAACAGCGAGAAGAAUGUCUAGUUUCAGCUUAGUCUCUUCACAAACACAAAAGAUGUUGGCUUCCAUGUUAUCAGAUGAAGAGUUCACAACUAAAUACAUAAGAACAAAUAGAGAGAGAUUGAGGAAGAGACACAGUUACAUUGUUCAAGGAUUAAAGGAUGCAGGAAUUAGGUGUUUGAACGGGAAUGCAGGGUUGUUUUGUUGGAUGAAUCUCACACAAAUGCUUGAGGAGAAAUCAGUGGAGGGAGAGCUGAGGCUGUGGAAGAUGAUAUUGAGCGAAGUGAAACUUAAUGUGUCUCCGGGGAGUUCAUGCUACUGUGUAGAGCCAGGGUGGUUCAGGGUUUGUUUUGCAAAUAUGACUGAGGAGACUCUAGAUGUUGCAUUGAGAAGAAUGAAGGUCUUUGUUGAGAAGAUUAAGGGAAGGAAGAAGAAGUUGAUUUCCUAAAAUUGAAUUAUUUGUUUUAAUCAUUCUUUUUGGAUGUUGAUUAGUUAACAUCCUGAAUUAUAACAGUUCCUAAAAGUAAUGACUUGGAAUGAUUUUGACACAUAUUAUGAAAAAUGUUUUUCUUUUUCGUUCAAAUAAUUUUUUCCUAUGCAUCAAGGAUACAAAAUGUACUU